AUGCAGCGACCCAAGUUAGACUUCAUGAACAUGAAGCCACCUCCCGGCUAUGUGGCGGGUAUUGGUCGUGGUGCGGCUGGUUUCACCACACGGUCUGAUAUAGGCCCUGGAAAAGACCCCAUGGAAAUGGCUGCCGAGGCCGAGAAGCAACGCGUGAUUGCGAUGGGCAAGGCAGGUGCGGAAGAGAAGGCGGAAGCCAAGAAGAAGACCG